GCGCUGGGCGCCGAGUUCGACGGCCUGGGGCUGCCCACGCCCGAGCGCUCGCCGCUGGACGGCCUGGAGCCCGGCGAGGCCGCCUUCUUCCCGCCACCCGCGGUGCCCGAGGACUGCGCGCUGCGAGCCUUCCGCGCGCCCUACGCCCCCUCCGAGUUGCCCCGGGACCCCGGCGGCUGCUACGGUGCGCCCUUGGCCGAGGCGCUCAGGACCGCGCCCGCUGCCGCCGCGCCGCUCUCCGGCCUCUACUACGGCGCCCUGGGCGCGCCCGGACCGGGCCCGUACCCCGGCCCGCUGUCGCCGCCGCCCGAGGCCCCCCCGCCCGAGGGCGCCGAGACGCUGGGGCCCGCCGCCGACCUGUGGGCCGACGUGGACCUCACCGAGUUCGACCAGUACCUCAACUGCAGCCGGACUCGGCCCGACGCCGCGGGGCUCCCGUACCACGUGGCGCUGGCCAAGCUGGGCCCGCGCGCCAUGUCCUGCCCGGAGGAGAGCAGCCUGAUAGCCGCGCUGUCCGACGCCAGCAGCGCGGUCUACUACAGCGCGUGCAUCUCCGGCUAGGCGGCCCGCGGGGCCCGGGGCUCGCUCCCGCAGCUAGCGCGACGGGAUUGCUGCGCACUCCUGCUCUGUUUCUCUCCCGCCGGCAGGCGUAGGUCUCCCUGCAAGGGCGGUUCCCACGUGUGCUGGGGCUUUUCCAGGAAGCCCAGGCCUAGGACCUGUUGGCUGGCCCUGCCAGGGUUAAGUUUUUGAAGCGUCUAAUUCUUUUCUUGCAGUAUAUUUUCUAGAACCAGGCUGUAUUUUUUACUUUGCCUUUUUUAUAUACGUAAUACAACAUAUUUAAUUUUUAAACUUUUUCUUCCAAGGGGUUUCAGUGACCAAAAGCACCAAUGUAGCAAGGCUUUUUAAAUAUGAAGAAUACCACUGUUUGUUUGCUUUAAAGGAGAAGCAGGAGCUGGGUCGCCCCUGGGCCAGGCGAGGCCACAAUAAAGUGACUCGCUCCUUCCUCUGAA